UAAUCUAGUACGGUUUCUGGCUAUCAUAGAAGCACACCACGUCUCUUCGUGGAGUAGCACAGCUGGUUGCGUUUGCGCUUACCGCCAGAGGAUUAACUGCCAGUUGUACAGUCGGGCUCGAGCUAGUGGGGUUAGGUACGCGUAAGGUCGUGUGCUUUGCACGACAUUGAAUUGUGUGUUCUCGAACGAAUUGAAAAUAAAACGACUUUUAAUUUGUGCUUUUUUUGAAAAAUGAUCGCCACCGACGGUUACAAUAACAUAGAUUACGCCGACGGCUACAUGGAGCAAGAGGAGGAAUGGGAACGUGAAGGUUUACUUGAUCCCGCUUGGGAGAAGCAGCAAAAGAAGACUUUCACUGCUUGGUGCAACAGUCAUCUACGUAAAGCCGGCACAGCCAUCGACAACAUAGAAGAUGAUUUCCGUAAUGGUCUUAAGCUCAUGCUCUUGCUGGAGGUCAUUUCUGGCGAGACACUACCCAAGCCCGACCGCGGUAAAAUGCGGUUUCACAAAAUUGCUAACGUCAACAAGGCGCUGGAUUUCAUCGCCAGCAAAGGCGUGAAACUUGUAUCAAUUGGUGCGGAAGAAAUUGUGGACGGUAAUCUGAAAAUGACGUUGGGCAUGAUUUGGACCAUCAUUCUUCGAUUCGCCAUUCAGGACAUCUCGGUUGAAGAAAUGACGGCGAAGGAGGGAUUACUGCUAUGGUGCCAACGUAAAACGGCGCCGUACAAGAAUGUCAACGUUCAAAACUUCCAUCUCUCGUUCAAGGACGGUUUGGCGUUCUGCGCGCUUAUCCAUCGUCAUCGUCCAGAUCUCAUCGAUUACAAUAAACUUUCGAAAGAUAAUCCUAUGGAGAACCUGAACACUGCCUUUGACGUGGCCGAGAAGUAUCUCGACAUUCCUAGGAUGUUAGAUCCUGACGAUUUAAUCAACACUCCUAAGCCCGAUGAGCGUGCUAUCAUGACAUACGUUUCUUGUUAUUAUCAUGCUUUCCAAGGGGCUCAACAGGUAUCAUUCAAUACUGCUAUGCCGGAUGAACGUGCUGUAAUGACCUAUGUGUCUUCCUACUACCAUUGCUUCUCAGGUGCACAAAAGGCCGAAACCGCAGCCAACAGAAUUUGCAAGGUCUUGAAAGUCAACCAGGAGAACGAGCGGCUUAUGGAGGAAUACGAGCGACUUGCUAGUGAUUUACUUGAAUGGAUCCGACGUACUAUGCCUUGGCUAAAUUCUCGCCAAACAGACAAUUCAUUGGCCGGCUGUCAAAGGAAGUUAGAAGAAUAUCGUACAUACAGGCGUAAGCACAAACCACCACGUGUUGAGCAAAAAGCGAAAUUAGAAACAAACUUUAAUACUCUUCAAACGAAAUUGCGUUUAUCUAAUCGACCUGCCUACAUGCCCACGGAAGGAAAAAUGGUUUCGGACAUUGCAAACGCAUGGAAAGGCCUGGAAACUGCAGAAAAGGCGUUCGAAGAAUGGCUACUGUCUGAGAUGAUGCGUCUUGAGCGGCUAGAGCAUCUAGCUGAGAAGUUCAGACGCAAAGCGGACGCCCACGAAGAGUGGACACGAGGAAAGGAAGAAAUGUUACAAAGUCAAGACUUUAGGCAGUGUCGAUUAAACGAGUUAAAGGCACUUAAGAAGAAACAUGAAGCUUUUGAAUCUGAUUUGGCUGCGCAUCAGGACCGCGUCGAGCAAAUUGCCGCCAUAGCUCAGGAACUCAAUACUCUGGACUAUCAUGACAGUGUAAGCGUGAACGCUCGUUGCCAAAGAAUAUGCGACCAAUGGGAUAGGCUCGGAGCGUUAACUCAGCGCCGUCGUCAAGCCCUCGAUGACGCCGAAAGAAUAUUGGAAAAGAUCGACAUCUUGCAUCUGGAGUUUGCGAAACGCGCCGCGCCAUUUAAUAACUGGUUGGAUGGCACCCGCGAAGAUUUGGUUGACAUUUUCAUUGUGCAUACCGUCGAAGAAAUUCAAGGUUUGAUCGACGCUCAUGCUCACUUUAAGGCAACUCUGGGAGAAGCAGACAAAGAAUAUCAAACUAUCGUAGGAUUGGUAAGGGAAGUGGAAGCCAUUGUCAAACAGCACCAAAUACCCGGAGGUUUAGAAAAUCCCUACACUACCUUAACCGCACAUGAUUUAACAAGAAAAUGGUCGGACGUUAGACAACUGGUGCCACAACGUGACGCUACACUGCAAGCUGAAUUACGAAAACAACAAAAUAAUGAAAUGUUACGUCGCCAAUUCGCUGAAAAGGCCAACGCAGUUGGUCCAUGGAUUGAACGUCAAUUGGACGCCGUAACCGCAAUAGGAAUGGGCUUGCAUGGCACCCUCGAAGAUCAAUUACAUCGUUUGAAGGAAUACGAACAGGGAGUUUAUGCUUACAAACCACAUAUCGAAGAACUAGAAAAGAUCCAUCAAGCAGUCCAAGAAAGCAUGAUCUUUGAAAAUAGGUACACACAAUACACAAUGGAUACAUUGAGAGUUGGAUGGGAACAAUUAUUAACAUCAAUUAAUCGUAACAUUAAUGAAGUCGAAAAUCAAAUUCUUACCAGAGACUCUAAAGGAAUUACACAACAGCAGCUCAACGAAUUUAGAUCAUCAUUUAAUCAUUUCGAUAAGAAUAGGACUGGUCGUCUAACGCCGGAAGAGUUCAAAUCUUGCCUAGUUUCUUUGGGAUACUCCAUUGGAAAGGAUAGACAAGGAGACAUCGACUUCCAGAGAAUUCUAGCGGUUGUAGAUCCUAACAGUACCGGUUACGUACACUUUGAUGCCUUCUUAGACUUCAUGACACGAGAAAGCACCGAUACAGAUACUGCAGAACAAGUCAUUGAUAGCUUCCGUAUUUUGGCAGGCGACAAGCCUUACAUACUUCCCGAUGAAUUACGACGAGAGUUACCGCCGGAUCAAGCAGAAUACUGCAUCCAACGCAUGCCACCAUACAAAGGAGGUGGAGGUAUCCCAGGAGCGCUUGAUUAUAUGUCGUUCUCCACCGCUUUAUAUGGACAGUCAGAUUUGUAAAGCUUGGGCAGUGGAUGUCGUCAAAAUUAAACUUGCCUUUCCCUGCCAUUUUAAGUUAAAGUGUACAAUUUUUGUGUUGUAAAUAGGCCAUUUAAACUCUGAGGAAUUUUACAUUGCUCGGCUCUUGAGAGGUCUAUUGUUUAGCAUUGAAAAAACGACAACUCGAAUAUUACAUAUUAGGGUUGAAAUCGAUCAUUAAAAUUAUUUAUUUGUAAUUAAGUUGCUAAUUAUUCUCUGAGAUGCUCAAUCAGAAUUUUAUUCACCGUUUGAUGUGUACAUAUUUGAUAGCAAUCGGCCUUUAAUAAAUGGGUGAUGUUUUCAUUUGUUUUAGUUCAAAGGUUAAAAGCUGUACUAAAUUUGGUAAGUGCAUUUUGUGUUAAAGUGAUUACUUGGUUGAAACAUCAUAUAUCAUACAUCAAUUUAUCAUAAUAUAAAUACAGUAAAUAUUUAAAAUUAU